CACAGACCUAUUGCUGGGAUAAAAGGCCAUCGAUAAAUUACUAAUGAGAUAAAUAUUCACAAUAUUUCCAGCGUCCCACCCAGCAUUCAUAGACAGCGACUUCAAGUUCUGUAUCCAACAUGACCACCCUCGCACAACCAUCUCCCAUCGCCGUCAUGGACGAGGCUGGACCAUCCACCAGCUCCACCAUUGGACUCACACCGCUGGCUGAACUUGUUCAACGCAGCGUCAAACGGAGUCGAGCGGUGUACUCGGCACAGGACAGCACAACAGAUCACGGAUUGGACGAGGCGACACGGAUAAAGCUCGCAACAAAGCUUGCAGCGGAAUUCAAGGAUGUCCAGACUUUACCUCCUGUUCUCGCAGCUCAGCAGGCGGGGCCUGCCGGUCCAAAACGUCCUGCUCAGCCUGCAGCGAAUGGGGGAGGUGCAGGGCCAGGUGUCAAGCUGAUAGGAGGGCCAGAAACAGCUUCGAGCUCGACUUCCGGUUCUGCAGCUGCGGCCGCUGAACCACGGUUAUUGGUCAAAUUCAGGCAUCAACAGGGUUUCGCCGCGGAAGGUGGACAUUCGGGAUCGAGAUUAUCCCAGGCGCUCAUGAGGAAGAAGGAAGCGAGAGAAGUCAAACCAGUGUAUCAUCCACAAUGGAAACUCACUCGAGUCAUUUCCGGUCAUAUGGGAUGGGUCAGAGCCGUUACAGUGGACCCAGAUAAUCAAUGGUUCGCGACGGGAGCAGGGGACCGUGUGGUGAAGAUUUGGGAUUUAGCAUCAGGAGAGCUCAAGCUUUCUCUGACCGGUCACAUCUCUACUAUUCGAGGUCUAGGUGUAUCUGACAGGCAUCCGUACCUCUUUUCCUGCGCGGAGGACAAAAUGGUCAAAUGCUGGGAUCUGGAAACCAACAAGGUCAUCAGGCACUAUCACGGCCAUUUCUCCGGUGUCUAUUCUUUAGCCGUUCAUCCCACUCUUGACGUUUUGUGUACAGCUGGUCGAGACGCCAGUGUCAGGGUCUGGGAUAUGAGGACAAGAGCGAAUAUCUUUACUCUAACUGGACAUCAGAGUACCGUCGCCGAUGUAAAGACGCAAGAUUCAGACCCUCAGAUUAUCUCUGGAAGUAUGGACAGUACCGUCAGAUUAUGGGACCUCGCGGCCGGCAAGUGCAUGACGACUUUGACGCACCAUAAGAAAUCCGUCCGGGCACUGGCAAUCCAUCCGACAGAAUACAGCUUUGCCAGUGCGAGCUCUGGAGGUAACAACAUCAAAAAAUGGAAAUGUCCCGAGGGUAUCUUUGUCAACAACUUUGUCGGUCACGAGGCGAUCAUUAACACGUUGAGCUUGAACACGGAGGGUGUCAUGUUCUCUGGAGCCGACAAUGGCACCUUGACCAUGUGGGAUUAUGCGACGGGUUUGCCCUUCCAGCACUUGAAGGACAUCCCGCAACCUGGAUCUCUGGAUGCUGAAGCUGGUGUAUUCUGCUCCACAUUCGACAAAACUGGAACUCGACUCAUCACGGGAGGGGCGGACAAGACGAUCAAAGUGUACUCUGAACAAGCUUGAAACAAGGU